UUAAACUGUUUAUCAGCUGAUCUGCUUUAAUGUUUAUCUGUGUUCAGUAUGAGACGUUUACACUAACUAAAGGUUAACAUGUGACGUUAGCGUGAAGUGAAGGAGCCUGUCUGUUUUAACUGCUUUAUAAUAAAGUUAUAUUUAUAUUUAACACAGUAAGAUGUGAUGACGUGUCAGCUGUGUUUUACUCUGGUAUCUGUUUUUAUUUAAUGUGUUUUAAUCACAGUUAAUACACUCGGAGUGUUUAUUAUAUUAUUAUUGUUUUAUUAUUAAAAACAAACCGUCACAGUUAGCAGCUAGCAGGCUAACGGCUGACUGUUAAAACUGACCGGAAGUGAUGUCAGCCUGGUGAUGCGUGUGGGGGGCGGGGCCUGCGUGCGUCUGAUGUAAACAGCUAGCAUGUCCGCGAGCCUCAGACCCAGCUGAUAUCUACCGGAGCCGGUGCCGGUCUGACUGCCAACCAAUCACAGCCCAGAGCCGAGCUGACCACUUCCUGUCAUAUGAGGAGGAGUCUUUAAGUGUUUCGGUAUUUUAUUUUGAAGGGAUGACGGGAGAGGUGAGGCUGUGCUUCCUGUUGUCCGGCAGGUAGACAGCUGAUCAGCUGAUCAUGGCGGAGUCCGGCUCGCCGCUGACCAUCGAGCCCCCCCCGCCCCUCCCCACGGAGACCGUAUCUAAGGAACUCAUGGUUACCACGACGACGGACAGGUCAGAGGUCACAGCCGUCGUCCAGAAAGAAGAAGCUCCGCCCCCGCCUCAAGCCCCGCCCCCGUCCACCACAGAAGAAGAGUCUCUGUCUGAGGGGGGAGCAAGACCAGGUCUGGAUGUGGACCUGGAGGAGAGCUCCUCGGUGACGGCCGGCGGCUCAGACGACCAGCGAGCGUCUACGGACUCGGCCUCCUUCUCCAUCCCCAGCCUGGAGCUGUCAGACGGGCCGACGGCAGCAGGAAACUCCCUGGACGUGGAGGACGGCCUGUCCUCGUCCUACUCUGCUCUGGGAGUGGAAAGCUGCUCCCCGUCCACAGACGCCCCCCAUCUGAAGGACGAGGACCAGGGACACGCUGGGGGCGCUGCAGCUGCUCCUCCUGCAGCUGCUCCUGCUGCUCCUGCUCCUCCUGCUGCUCCUCCUGCUGCUCCUGCUCCUCCUGCUGCUCCUCCUGCUGCUGCUCCUCCUGCUGCCUCCUCCUCCUCCACGGUAGCAGCAGCAGCAGCGGCAGCCCCGGAGGCCGGUCCGUCCAUGCCAGCGUAUUACCUGGUGAAGUGGAUCACCUGGAAGGAGAAGAAGACGCCCAUCAUCACUCAGAGUGAGAACGGACCCUGCCCCCUGCUGGCCAUCAUGAACACACUGUUCCUACGCUGGAAGGCUAAACUUCCUGCUCAGACUGAGGUCGUCACCACUGAAGACCUGAUGGCUCACCUGGGAGAGUGUGUGUUAUCUGUUACACCCCGAGAGAAGACUGACGGCAUGGAGCUGAACUUUCAACAGAACAUGAGUGAUGUGAUGGCCGUCCUCCCGAAGCUCUCCACCGGUCUGGACGUUAACGUUCGUUUUACCGGCGUUUCGGACUUUGAGUACACGCCUGAAUGCAUCGUGUUCGACCUGCUGGACAUCCCACUGUACCACGGCUGGCUGCUAGACCCUCAGAGUCCAGAGAUGGUGGCUUCUGUGGGGAAACUGAGCUACAACCAGCUGGUGGAGAAAAUCAUCGACUACAAACACUCAGCUGACAGCAGCCGAGUCAGUGAAGGUCUGGUGGCCGAGCAGUUCUUGGAAUCGACGGCGACGCAGCUGUCGUAUCACGGUCUGUGUGAACUGAACACGACGGCUAAAGAAGGAGAAAUCUCUGUGUUCUUCAGAAACAACCACUUCAGUACCAUGAUCAAACACAAGGGUCACCUGUACCUGCUGGUGACGGAUCAGGGCUUCCUGCAGGAGGAGGGUCUGGUCUGGGAGUCUCUCCACAACGUCGAGGGAGACGGAAACUUCUGUGACUCAGAGUUUAGGUUGUGUCACCCCCCUCAGAGAGCCCCCCCCCCUCCAGCCAGCGUACAGGACCAGCAGAGGCAGAUCGACCAGGACUACCUGGUGGCCGUGUCCCUGCAGCAGCAGCAGGGCGGGGCCCCGGGGCCCCUCAGUGACCUGGAGCUGGCCCGGCAGCUCCAGCAGGAGGAAUACCAGCAGCAGCAGCAGCAGCAACAGCAGCAGCAGCAGCAGCAGCAGCUGCAGGGCUCACAGCAGCCGCAGCAGCAGGGCUCACAGCAGGCAACACAGCAGGUCAGGGGUCAAGGGUCACAGCAGGGCGGAGCCAGGAGAAGAGACAAGGACUCAGACUGUGUCCUCUUAUAGACUCUUCAUCAUCAUCAUCAUCAUCCUCCUUAUCAUCUGUCACACACACACACACACUCACACACACACACACACACACACACACACACACACACACACACACAGAUGAAAGUCAGACAGUUUGACCAGAACAGGAAGUCGAGUCUCCUCAGAUGAGGAUGUGGUUUGUUGUACAAUGUGUGUGUAACAUAGUGGAGGAAGUACACACAUACACAGACACACACACACAUAAACCCAUACAUACACACAUAUACACACACAUACACAGACACACACACACAUACAUACACACAUAUACACACACAUACAUACACACAUAUACACACACAUACAUAUACAUAUACACACACACACACACACACACACACACACACACACACACACACAGCUGAUGCCAAACCCCAGUGCUUUGUUCAGACAGUUUCAGGUUUUUGGGAAGUUUGUAAAGAACUUUAUGAGUCUGAUGACACACACGUUCACUUCCUGUCGCCCUUUAUAAGACUUUUAUUAUCGGUUAACUGAAGCUGCUUCUCACUUUAUAGCUUUAUUAAAACUUAAUUCACUGAAACUUAAGUCUCAGCUUCAAUUUACAGUGAAAAAUAUUUAAAAUGAUUUAAAACCUUUUUCUAGUCUGAAGAAAAGUUGAACAUAUAAAACUUAAACUGCAGAUUCAGCAGCUGUUUAUUACUAUUAUUAAUAUUUUAGUGUUAUAAUGUCUUCAGAGUUACAGGUUAUAAUGUUUUCAUCUUUCACUUUAUAAUAAAACAUCAGCAGAAGCCAGAAA